ACAUGACUACUUGUGUUUACCUCCUGCGCCCUCUCCCCCUCUCCUUCUUUCUCUGUGCACAUACAUACACACACUAGACAUACAUUUUUGCCUCUUUCUGCAUGGCUCCUCUCCAGUCUCCAAUCCAGGUUUUAGCUGAUUACCCAAAACGGGGGUCUUUGUGCAAAUGUAGUAAGUGUUUUCGAAUUAAUAAUCAUACUUUCACGACUAUUUUUACGUUUUUAAUUAUGGAGUGAAAGUGUAGUGCAGAUAUGGCCCCGGGGGGGAAUGUAAGUGUGCGAUUGCAGAGGAGUGACGCCCUGCCUGCAUCCAGAUGUUUCACGUUUCCCCUCGCGCGGUCUUUGAAGAGGUCUGCUUACGGCGGAGGGAGAAAUUUUGAACGAUCUGGUUAAACGGACAAUGAACGUUGGGCUUUUUGUGUGAGGUGUUUGGUUUUUAAGUGCAAUUAAAUCGUCUGAACAAUGGAGACGCUCGUACUGCUGGGGAUACAUUUGCUCUGGGUCUUUGCGCUGUCUGUGCACGGGAACGCUGCUUCAAAUCACGAGAACGUGAUUGACCUUCUGGCAGCUCUAAACAUGUCCCACCACAUUAGUGGUGUGACCACACUGCAGAGUCCUGGCAGCGUGAUGUACAGAAUACGCCCCAGAGCGCCUUACCUGACCCUUAAUCCAGAAUAUUCCCAGCUCCUGCGCUCCAGCCUUCAGGGUACCAUAGGAGUGCAUUUCGUGGGGCAUCAGUCCUCGGCCUCCAGCGCCACUCUUUUUUCUCUCUCCUCCCCAUCCUCACCCAUUCUCCAGAUCAUCUCCUCCACCCUCGAUAACACUCUGCGUUUGGACUAUGAGGCUGGAGGGGGAGCUCAGGGCCUUGCCAGCUUUCACUUCCCCAGAAGAAACCCCUUCUCCAGGGAGGAAUGGGUGCAGUUGGCUGUGAGCCUGGAGCCUGAUAGACUGGUAUUUUUUGUAGACUGUCAAGAGGCUGUUGUUGUGCCAAUAAAAAGUGAAGAGAGGAUCAAGCUGGAGCUGCCUCAAAAUGUUGUCAUCGCUCUUGCCAGCACACCGCGAAGGAAAGUCAGCAAAUUUAAUGGACAUCUGAAGAAAGCUGAGAUUUCAAUGAGAGCAUAUCUCAGGCGCCCUUGGCUCUGUGAUAAUGUUACAGAUGCGCUGCCUCCAUCUCAGUACACAGAUGCACAGGGCUCAGAUUCUUGGACUGACAGCGUUCGAAUGUUUCAGCGGGGUGCUCCCCCGAGUAAACCUCAAACAAGUCACAGGCCAGUGGAACAAAUGAGCUAUUACUCCCAUGGUAUACAGAGUGACCAGCUGCAUAGAGGUGUUGUCCUGGGGCCUCCAGGAUCUCCUCAAGGGAUAAAGUCUGUUUCUCAGGCCCUGACGGAUGACAGGCUGAGGAAGCUGGAGAGGAGGAUGGAGGAGCUGGCUCGUAUGCUGGACAUGGUCAAAGCUCAGAAUGUAGACCUACAAUCACGUGUAAAGUACCUGGAGGGAUGUGAGUGUGUGAAGCAACAAUGUGAAUGGGAGGGGCGUGAAGUGGAUGAUGGCCAGCGCUGGCAAAUUGACCUUAGCACUGUUUGUACUUGCACAUCUGGAAAGGUCACAUGCCAACCUACCACCAGAGGGUGUGAGCUGGAUGGUACAGUUCAUAAUGUGUCCUACAGCACUCUAGAUGGCUGUCAGACAUGUUCGUGUAAGGACGGUCACAGGGAGUGCUCUCCCCUGCCCUGCCCUUCACUAGACUGCACACAGACAGAGACUGUGCCUGGAGACUGCUGCCAGCACUGCAGAAGCUGCAUCCACUCUGGUGUCCGGUAUGAUCAUGGAGCCACGUGGAGACCAGGAGGGAAUUCCUGUGAAGUCUGCCACUGUUUGGAGGGUCAUGUUAACUGUGAGAGGGAGCAGUGCCACACCCCUUGUAAAAACCCAACAGCCCCACCACCCAACAGCUGUUGUCCAUCUUGUAAUGGCUGUGGUGUGAACGGUCAUGACUUCCCUAAUGGGGCUGUGAUUCCUACUGGAGACCGCUGCCAAGAGUGUAUAUGUGUGAAUGGAAAUAUGGUGUGUUCGCCCCUCCCCUGUCCUGCUGUGACUUGUCAAAACCCUGUGCAUCAUGCUGGAGACUGUUGCCCACGGUGUGAGCAGUGUGAAUAUGAGUCCGAGGUGUAUGUGGAUGGACAGAAGUUCCCCUCCAGGAGAGACCCAUGCCUCCACUGCCGCUGCUCUGCAGGUGAGGUGUCUUGUGAGCGUAUGGAUGCAUCAUGCCCCACACCACGCUGUAGACAUCCAGCUAAGCGCAAGGGAGAGUGUUGUGCCACAUGUGAUGUAUGUGAGUAUGACAGGAGGGUGUAUGCUGAUGGAAAAGUAUUCACCCCUCCAGGCACUGGACCCUGUCUACAGUGCAGGUGUAAGAGUGGAAAUGUAAUUUGUCAUGAAGAGAAGUGCCCUCCUGUCCAGUGCUCCAACCCAAUUGUAGACCCACAUCUCUGCUGUCCAGUCUGCAAAGCGUGUGUGUUGGAGGGCGUGGAGUAUGAAGACGGCUCCAGAUGGCACCUUGAGGACCCCUGCACCAGCUGCACCUGUGUGCAUGGAGAGACCCUGUGUACACACACACAAUGCCCCCACAAUGACUGCACGCAUCCCACUAAGAUCAGUGGCUCCUGUUGUGCAGCGUGCGAAAGCUGCACCUAUAAUCAUCGUAUCUAUAGCAACAGGCAGAGAUUUACAAUCCCUGACCAGCCGUGCCACAUCUGUACCUGUCAGCACGGUAAUGUGGAGUGUGAGAGGAGACCUUGUCCUCCACUCAACUGCACCAACUCAUACACACCACCUGGAGAGUGCUGCCCUAAAUGUCCAGACUGCUCCUUUGAAAACCGUGUAUUUGUGAAUGGAGAGGCUUUUCCCAAUCCCGUGAGUGUGUGUGAGGAGUGUACAUGUGUGAGCGGCAGGGUUGACUGCCACCGAGCACAAUGCCCUCAGCCUCACUGUAAUGCACCUCGGCCUGGAACAUGUUGUCAGAACAACUGCAAUGGCUGCAGCUAUGGUGGGAAAGAGUAUCCCAAUGGGCUGGAGUUUCCCCAUCCUACUGAUGCAUGUAGGACAUGCAGCUGCAUAAAUGGGAAUGUCCAGUGUCUGAAGAAGAGGUGUCCUCCGCUGCCCUGCUCCAACCCAAAUGUGCUGCCAGGAGACUGCUGCCCCCAGUGUCCUGCUCUUCCAUCAAACUGUGUGUAUGAACAACGACCCUACAGACACACUGAGCGUUUCUACCACCCGACUGACAGCUGUCAGUUAUGCUCCUGCACCGACGGGACAGUUCACUGUCAGCGCAAGCCCUGCCCUGUCGCUGCAUGUUCUCACCCCAUCACACAAGAGUGCUGCCGGACCUGCGAAGGCUGUUUGUAUGAGGGUCGAGAGCGAGCUAAUGGGGAGACGUGGGAUGACGUGUCAGACCCUUGUGCUGUGUGUGUGUGUCACGAGGGCUCUGUCCGAUGUGAGAGGAAGCAUUGUCCACCCUCCAACUGUAACCACCCAAUCCGUAGACAGUGCUGCAUGUCCUGUGAUGGCUGCACAUUUCAUGGUAAAGAAUAUCUCGAUGGAACAGAAUUUGCUGAUGACAAAGACCCCUGUGGCGUGUGUUACUGUUACGGCGGGAAUGUCGUCUGCAGCAAGCUACAAUGUUAUGGAGAAUGCAGCCACCCACAUAAACCACCGAGACAAUGCUGUGGGGAAUGUGAACGCUGUUUCUAUAAUGGCGCUGUCCUUGACAAUGGACAGUCUAUCCCUGACCCAGGGAACCCCUGCUCUGAAUGUACCUGCCAGAGCGGUUCAGUGCGCUGCGUGAGGAAGCCCUGUCCAGCAGCUCACUGUCCUCACCCAGUCACCAACCCAUGUGGCUGCCCUGUCUGUGAUGGUUGUCAGUACCAAGGUGAGACAUACAGUGACCGACAGGUUCUUCCAAGUGGAGAGACAGGGUGCCAGGAAUGCACCUGCUCGAGAGGUGAGGUGGUGUGUACACGGAGAAGAUGCCCCACUGUGUCAUGCUCACACCCGGCCCUGGACGGCUGUGCAUGUGCAGUGUGUGAUGGAUGCAACUUCAAUGGACGAUACUGUUUUAAUGGAGAACGUUUCCAGCACCCAAAAGACCCCUGUCAGCACUGCUUCUGUCAGAACGGUGGGGUGGUGUGUUCACUACCAUUAUGUCCAAGCGUUGCCUGUGCGCGUCCAGUGACCCCUCCAGGGGAGUGCUGCCCUGUCUGCACAGGCAUUUGUCUGCAUCAGGGGAAAGAGUAUCAGUCCGGCUCCACCUUCUCUUCACCCUCUGAUCCCUGCUCCUCGUGCUUCUGUCUGAAUGAGGUGGUAAACUGCCAGAGGAGACCUUGUCCAGUCCAGUGCUCCCACCCAGUCCCCUCAGAAACCUGCUGCCCUGUCUGUGACUCCUGUCUAUAUGAGGGUGUCGUGCACCCUCACGGUCAAACCUUUACACCAGCCUCUAACCUCUGUCAGCGCUGCACAUGUGUCAGAGGCACCGUCACCUGUGUGCCAAUCACCUGCCCGCCAACACCAUGUGCUCAGCCCGUUACCAAGCCAGGACAGUGUUGUCCUGAGUGCACAGUGUGUGUGCUGGAUGGACAGGAAUACACUGAUGCACAGACAUUGACCCCAGCUUCAAAUCACUGCUCCACCUGUUCCUGCCAGGCAGGUGAGGUGCGGUGUACAUCUCCCGAGUGUCCCAAGCUGCGGUGUAUGCAUCAGGUGACUGAUCCAGGAGCCUGCUGUCCUCGCUGCAGAGGGUGUGUGUAUGAAGGGGAGGAGCAUCCAGAGGGAAGCAGCUGGUUUGAAGACUCCACCCCCUGUAUGACUUGUAUGUGUGUGGACGGGGUGACCACCUGCUCUGAAGUGCACUGUCUAUCUCCCUGUACCAACUUCAUCAACGUGCCCGGGGAGUGCUGCCCUGUGUGUGCUGAUUGUGUGUUUGAGGGCACAGUUUAUGGCCCAGGGGACAGUUUCCAUCCAGCCAAUGACCCCUGUCAGAUCUGCACUUGUGAGGUGAUGCCAGACGGAGAACAACAUCUGAAGUGUUACCGAAAGCAGUGUCCCAGUCUGGUCGACUGUCCUAAAAGCAACAUCUUGUUCUCUGGACCAGACUCCUGCUGUCCUGUCUGUGCACAACCUCUCAGUAAUUGCACAUCUGCACUGAUUGGCAACGAGGUGCUAGCUACAGAUGACCCCUGUUUUACCUGCCAAUGCAAGGAUCUGACAUGGACCUGCCUACACCAAACGUGUCACCCAGUUUCUUGUCCUCUGGAUGAACAGUUCAUACUUCCAGACUCAUGCUGCCCUGUGUGUAAAGAGUGUUUGAUUGAGGGUGAGACCAGAGUGGCCAAUGGCAGCAACUGGACAGACAGCGAUGACAACUGCAUAACUUGUACCUGUAUUUCGGGCCACAUUGAGUGCAGCAUUGAGGAGUGUUUACCUGCAGUUUGUCCGGAUGGCCAGAAACAAGUGAAGACUCCAGGGAAAUGCUGCUCUGAAUGCCAAGACUCAGCGGUGUCAUGUUUGCACCAAGGGACAGUGUAUCACAGUAACGAACAGUGGGAGGUGGAUGAGUGCACCAGCUGUACGUGUGUGUCUGGAGAUGUACACUGCCAUAGCGAACGCUGCCCUCUCCUCACCUGUGCAACAGAUGAGAUGCCAGCAGUUAUCCCAGGUUUGUGCUGUCCUCAUUGCCUUCCUCGCCCGGCCACCUGCAUUGCCUUCGGCGACCCUCAUUAUCGCACCUUUGAUGGCCGCAUGCUGCACUUCCAGGGAGCAUGCACAUAUGUCCUGGCACAUGACUGUGAGAGUGGAGACUUCAGUAUUCAUGCAACUAACGAUGAUCGUGGACGUAAGAAAGUGUCCUGGACCAAAGAAGUGACAGUGUUUAUAGGAGACGUCACAGUGCAGCUGCUCCAGGACUGGGUUGUGAAGGUCAACGAUGACGUUGUGACUUUGCCGUUCCUGAGAGAACCAUACAUCUAUAUCGAGCGACAAACCAACACCAUCUUACUCAACACUAACAUUGGCCUGAAGGUGCUAUGGAGUGGUCGUUCACACCUGGAAGUGAGUGUGCCAGGCUCUUAUAAGGGCCACACCUGUGGUCUCUGUGGAAACUUCAACAACUACCACCAGGAUGACCUCCGGAUGCGCAACGGACAACUCACCCAAUCAGAGUCUGACUUUGGCAACAGCUGGAGGGUCAUAAAUGGUAGCCACUCCCUCUCAUCCUGUCGACCUGGUGAGGAUGUCGAUCCCUGUAAGAAUGCAGGUUACCAGGCCAAGAAGGGGGCUAAUGCUCGCUGUAAGGUCUUGAAGUCUGCUGUCUUUAAGCCUUGCCAUCGCGUCGUGCCUCCAGAGCCAUGGUACGGCGCAUGCGUAUAUGAUCUCUGUGCCUGCGGGGCCAACAGUGACGAGUGUCUGUGUGACGCACUGGAGGCCUACGCCAGCCAGUGCAGAGAGGCUGGAGUUGUCCUGCAGUGGAGGAGCCCGUCAUUGUGUGCUGUGGGCUGUCCAGUGGAGAGGGGCUUUGUGUUCGACGAGUGUGGUCCCCCGUGUCCCGUAACCUGCUUUAACGUUGACGUGCCUCUGGGGGUGAUAGAGAGCCACUGCUUCAAGCCCUGUGUCCCAGGCUGCCAGUGUCCAGCUGGUCUGGUUCUACAUAACAACUACUGUAUACAGCCGGAGAAGUGCCCUAAGAUCAUUCACGGCAACCACACAUAACACUCAUUCGCUUUGAACUAAGAGCACAAGUAAUUUGUACACAUGCACAUGCACUGCCACCUCUGAUAAUCUGCAAUCCAAAUGAAGACUGCAUUUGCCUUUUGUCACUGUAUACUGAAGUUUAAAAAGGAAAAAUAUCCCUACUGGUGAAUUUCAUGACCUGUGGAUUCUACAUAUUAACUGAAGUGAGAAAUACUGCAUUUUUGAUGUUUAUAUUAACAUUUUUAUAUAUGAAUAUGUAGCACUGAAUAUUUAUACCACACAAUGUUUUGUUAUGUUAACCUCACAUGUCAUGUUAAUUGGUGCUUUUUCUAACUGUUUUACAUGUGUAUGAAAUAUUACAUUGUUUAACAGUUUUAUUUACAGUCAAAGGAGCAUUUGUUUACUGUAGAGGUUUAUUUCAGCACUGUGUGAUACUGACUGUAUAUACAGUAAAUCACAUGAUCUCAGGUAUACUUUUUUACUUCCCCAUUUUAAAAAUAAACAAAGACUUCACCAAUA